GACGAACGAGUGAACCAACCAGCUACCGUUCAAAGACCAGUGAUUCCUUGGCCCACGACUGAUAGAACGCCUGUGUCUGAGUUCACAACACCAUAUUUUUUCAGUAUGGCAUUCCCGUGUCUGUUUCCCACAGGAUGUGGUGAUUAUAAUGCAAAUCGYCCAAGGACAUGUUCCUCUCUUCAURACUGGGCAGAGCACUUGUUGUGGUACCAAGAUGGAAGAUUUGCUAAGAAUAAAGUUUGGAAGUUUGUUGUGCACAACAUGAUCAUGAGGAAAAGAGCCCUUGAACAAAGUCGUUACUUUGUUGAUCAGCAGUUGGGAGAACCGCACAUUACUGUAGCCGAUCUGCAGGAGAGAAUUGCUAGAGGAGACACUAGCAUUGCAAACAAGUUGUURUAUUUUGGAGCAAGUCUGCGUGGCACUUCACAAUACUGGCAUCAAAGACGAAGAGAGCUACGGGCAUUGAUUGAGUUCAUGGUAAAUGAGAGGCUGGGGCUGCCAUCAUUUUUUAUGACWGGAAGCUGUGCAGAGUUUUAUUUCCCACCACUGAGAAGGCUUCUAGAAAAGUACAUUCUUCAGACUACCGGAGAWSUUGUCAACUUGCUCGAGGACAAUAACGCACGCUUUAAAGCUGUACAGGAGAACACACAUGUUGUUGUAUCUUACUUUGAUGCACGCACACAGAGCUACCACGAGAAGAUAGUGAGAGGAGUAUUUGGYGUAAGCGACUACUGGUAUCGCUACGAAUUUGCCAAAUCCCGAGGACAAAUUCAUUGGCACCAGCUAAGUUGGAGAGGUGACAGGGAACCACAUGAGCUACUCAACAGUGCAAGAGAAGAAGAAUGCAAUGAGGAUGAGUAUGUUUCAAGGCUUAGUGAUUGGGUUCAAGAGAAGUUUGCCAUGUCAGCAUCACAUCCAGCUGGCCAAGAUGAAGAUGGAACUCCAAAGAAAGAGUUUUGGCCUCCRCCAGAAGGUACAGCCRAUCCAAUUACCAAUAACCGAGAUCCAUURGUGAAAAUGUUAAUGGAUGUGUCUGCAACGCAGGAUGCAAUACUUGAGGAUUACUUGCAGCUGAUUAAUAGGGUUGGACUACAUUGCUGUUCUGACUACUGCUUGAGAACACCAAGACAUCCUCAACCAGGACUUCAGCCAGCAGAGAGAGUUUGUCGGAUGGAAUUUGGCUCAGAAUUCAACAGAGGAAAAGAACCUCGUGAUUCACCGGCAAUUGUAACAGAUCGCAAUGGUGCUUUGAGACUCGAGCUUCCACGUGACCAUCCACGCGUGGUACAGCAUUCCAGAUAUCAGUUGCAGUCAUGGAGGGCAAAUGGAGAUGUCAGUCUAAUUGUAUCCAACUCUCAUCCAGACAACCCUAGUGCAAAUGAAAUCAUAGCUGUGACAGACUAUGUGUGUGGGUAURCCUGCAAGGACAAUGAGCCAACUGGUGCAACAAUUGAUCUGUUUAAAGACAUGGUGAAUACAACAGAAGCAGGUGAUGAG